AUGGGGACGCCGUGGGCUACUACGAGCGCGCGCACGGCAUCCAGUCCACCGCGUACGGGCCCCAGCAUCCGACCACGGCGGCCACGCUCGGCAACCUCGGCUCCGCCCACAGCCAGCUCGGCGAGCACCGCCGGGCGGUGGGGUGCCUCGGGGACGCCCUGGCCGCCCAGGAAUGGGAGGGCGGCCCUGGGGCCCGAGCACACGAGCGUCGCGACGACGCUGCACAACCUCGGGAACGCCAUGGCGGCCGCUGGCGCGGGGGCCGACGCGGCGCGCUGCCACUGGCGGGCCCUGGAGCUCUGGUCGCGGGCCCUGGGCCCUGCCCACCCAGACUCAAACGUGGCCGCCACUCUGCACAGCCUGGGCAACGUGUACCGGGGCCUCGGGGAGCCGGAGGCCGCCGCAGCGUGCUUCGGGGGCGCCCUGCGGAUCCGCGAGGCGGCCCUGGGCGCGACGCACCCGGAGACGGCGAGGACCCGCCACUGCGCCGCGCUGGUGGGCUGCCAGCGCGGGGACGCCCCCGCUGCGCUGCAGGAGCUCCAGGCGGCCGUGAACUCGCUGCUGGCCGGCCUGGGCGCGGAGCACCCGUGGUCGCGCCAGGCCUGUGCGGACGCGGAGGGCUUGCGCGAGGUGGUGCGGAGCGCGCGCUGA